CCAAUCACAGCACAGUAGUGUGAGCCCCUUCAACAGCAAUGGCGGAAACAACAAAGCUAAGUGGAAUUAACGCUCCUCCCAAAGAGCCCGCUGAAAUGUCCAGCUACAGGGACUGCGUGGAUGUGAUGCUGAGGCACCUUUCACACUUUGGAAAACAGCUCAGAUUUGGGGAUGCUGCUUUGAGAAUAGAGGUCAACCACGCUGCUAUAAAUCUGGCGUCAUCCUCGGAGACUCACUUUCUCAGCUGUUUGCAGGACCACAUUGCUAAAUUACAGGUUGUUUCAGAAACCCUGAGGUCCCUUGUUGAGUCUGCAGCUGUCACAUCUACGAAGGAGAAUAUUUCUGAUAAAGCAGUCACGUCACCCUCAUCUAAGGAGAAGACAGCAGGGUUUUCAGAGCUCAGUCCACCCGGCUCAGAUGCUGCAGAGACUAAGACCCCGACGGAUGACGUCAUGAUCCAGAUCCGAGCCGGAAAGUCAGAGAUAGAGCGAAGAAUAUCUGCAUUUAUGGAACGUAAGCAGAUGGAGAUCAAUGAAAACAAUGUGCGCGAGUUUUGCAACGUGAUCGACUGCAAUCAGGAGAACAGCUGUGCAAGGACAGAUGCCAUCUUUACUCCAUACCCAGGGUUUAAAAGCCACGUAAAAGUCACACGAGUAGUAAACACUUAUGGGCCCCAGACACGUAGUACCGGGGGCCAAGGGGAGGCUGGGGAGCCUCCAAAGGGACAAGCAGCCAAAGACUGUGGAAAUGCAGCAACAGAAGAGCGUCUUCAAAACAUUGAGGCUCAUCUCAAACUGCCAUCAGUGGGUCCAGUUCCUUUGAAUGUUUACCAGAGGCUCAAGAAGCUGGAGGAUCGCAUUCUGGAGUUAGAAGGACUCUCCCCUGAGUACUUUCAGUCUACUAGUCAUCUCCACAAGAGGCCUAAGACAUCCACUGAUCAGAACUGCACCCUGACCGAGCUGGAUGAGAAGAUCAGUGCAGUGAAGGCAGCGCUGCUCAAGAGGGUUUCUGACUUUGGGCCGGGAUACGGAACCGAUUGUCCUUUCUGAUACACAUCUACAA